AGAAAUGGGACUCUGGGCCAAGCAGCGAUUAGCGAUUACGGGGACGAAGGAAGGAAGGAAGCUUCCCAGGAUAAUAUGGUGUCCUGCCGGCACAUAAUAAUAUUAUUAUUAUAACAUACCCUCAUUUCCACCACCUCCAUUCCCAUCUCCCUCACUGCUCUCUCUGCUCGAUUUCUAUAUAAGUUCCUUCCACCUCGCUCCUCUUUCCCAUCCCACGUUCCAUUUUCCCUCUCCCUCCCUCCCUAAUUAAUUACAGAGCUCAGAGCUAAUUCCAUUCAAUCAAAUACUCCACUCUACUUCCCCUGUCUGUGAACAUAGCAAUUCUAUGGCAUCCUCUGCUCCUGUUCCUGUUUCCAAUUCUAUGCUGGAUUUGGACUCUGCUUCUGUCUCAAACAUGGACAUCAACAAGCUUCUCACCCAUGAGAUCUUCUCCAUUCUUGAAACUAAGUUCCUCUUCGGUGGAUUUGACGAUCCUAAGCUUCCAUCCCACUUAGAUGCCUCCACCAAACACCUCGCCGGAAAAGUCAGGAUCCUCUCCAUCGACGGAGCCGGCGCAACCGACGGCUUACUCGCCGCCAAGUCCCUCGUCCACUUGGAGGCAUCCCUUCGCAAGAAAUCCGGAAACCCCAACGCCUGCAUUGCUGAAUACUUCGACCUUGCCGCCGGUACCGGCGUCGGCGGCGUCCUAGCCGCUCUGCUUUUUACCCGCGGGAAGGACGGCGCCCCCAUUUUCACCGCCUCCGAAGCUCUCAAGUUUCUCACCGACAACCGGGGAAGAAUUAUGCAGUCGGGUCCCACCGGACUGCUCCGGCGGGUGUUCCGGCCGGCGAAGGCGGAGAAGUUGUUCCGCAAGAUUUUCGGGGAGUGCACAUUGAAGGACACGUUGAAGCCGGUUCUGAUUCCGUGCUACGAUCUCACCACUCGAGCCCCGUUCGUGUUCUCGCGAGCGGACGCUAUGGAAAUCGACGGCUACGAUUUCAAGAUGAAGGACGUCUGCGCGGCCACGUUGGCGGAUCCAUCAGUGGAAUUGAGAUCGGUGGACGGGCAAACUAAAAUCGCGGCCAUAGGCGGAGGGAUCGUGAUGAGCAAUCCGACGGCUGCGGCCAUCACGCACGUGCUGAACAACAAGCAAGAGUUCCCAUUCUGCAAUGGCGUGGAGGAUCUCUUGGUGGUGUCCCUCGGCAACGGAGAAUCGGACUCUGGCCCCGGAAGUCAGACGACAUUCCGAACGAGAGCGUUGAUAAAGAUCGCCGGAGAAGGAGCUUCCGAUACGGUUGAUCAAGCGGUUUCCAUGGCGUUCGGCGAGUGUCGGUCCAGCAAUUACGUGCGAAUUCAGGCAAACAGCGCGACCGGCAAAAUCCAUGGAAAGAAGGAUGAUCAGUUGAGAGCAGCAGAGGAGAUGCUGGGACAGAAGAGCGUGGAAUCAGUGUUAUUCCAGGGGAAGAGGUUAGGACAGAGCAGUCAUCUGGAGAAGCUGGAGUCGGUGGCCGGAGAAGUAAUCAAAGAGCAAGAGAUCAGAAAAACAAGGAUACUGCCGACGGUGGUGUUGAAACAGGGAUCGGCGUCGUCGCCGAGGACAUCGUCGGCCACCUCCCUGUCGACGCUCUCUUCCAAUUAGAGCUGCCUGCCGACUAUGGGGAAGAAGAGAUCGAAAGGGAGCGCUGAAGCCGAAUGCAUUUUCCGGCGGUCGGGAAGAGAAUCUAAAGAUAUCCAUCCGAUCGAGAGGGCUUAAGGUGAUGGCGUAUAGUUUUAUUGUAUAAUGACAGUUUUGGGCGUGUACAUGAAAUUUCACGGCUCUACGUUAAUGCUAUCCAAAGCAGAGCAGUAGUAGUAGCAGUAGAUAUUGUGAAGACUGGAGUUGAGUGUUUUCGUGUAAAUUUAUAAAGUAAAGGAAGAAAUUUGUGUUUGAUGAAAGCUUUUUCCUAUGUAUAAGUAAUUCUUUUAUGUUAUGGCAAGUUUUACAUACUAUAGAGGCAGAUCCAGCGAUGGAUCUGGGGAGGGCUGGCCCAGAUCCAUCAU